AUGCAGGUUACGCAGGCAGAUUCAAGCAAGUGUAAAAGAGCCGGCGUGGAAGAUUUCACCAAUAAACCGACAUUCAAUUCGAAUAAAAUGAAAAAGUUCAUUAUAUCGAAAAUAGAACACAACGAGACCACGAAUCGCGCGACGCCUACCGCGACCACGCCGACCGCUACUACGCCGGAGCCUCCCUCAACGCCUAACAGUAGCAAACAGGAUGCUUUGAAGCCGGAGGUGCAGCCGCCGUUGCCGCUAGAUCCGCCGCCGCCCGACAAGCCGCCUAACAUGAGUUUGACUUUGAAAGAGGAGGUCGAGGACAUCGAGUACAACAGUCCCGGCGAGGAGCCAUCAUCGGAUACAAUGAACCAUUCGGAAUCGACGAUAGACCGUUCGAAAACGAACGGCGUCGACGAAGCGGAGAAAUCGAGGCCCAUGUGCCGAGACUUCAUACGCGGCAAGUGCAUUCGUCCGGGGACGUGCAAAUUCAGACACCAGUGCGACGUCUCGCAGCUGGUCGGCAUCUACACGUUUUGCAGGAACUUUCAGAAUUCCGUUUGCACGCUCCCGAACUGCAAAUAUGUUCACGCGACGGUGUUUGAAGAGCAACGGUUUUAUAGAACUGGCGAAUUGCCUCCCCACGCGUUGGCGCAUCACAAAAAAGUCAAUAUAUUGCCUCCGCCUCCGCCACCUCCCGAAGAAGCACCGUCAGAUAUACAAACAAUGUUUAAUAACCCUCCUCCGCCUCUUCCUGUCAGUAUCGAAAAGCAGACACCAGUCAUUAGUUGUAUAGCCGCCAGCAAAAUGGAUACUAGAACAUUUCCGGACGACCUUAGAGCUGCUUUGUCCACCGCCGGCACAAAUACGUCACCCUUGAAGCGAGAGUGGGCCAAUAUUGAGAAUUCAGUCUGCAGUUCGCCGGGGGGCCACGACUUCGACCCAGAUCGCUUGCCAAAAAGAUGCAGGAAUUGUGAAUGUGUUAAGUUCAGAGAGAAGAUAAUCAAGGAUAAAUACGAGAAGGAGAAAAAGGCAAAGAUGGAGGUGCGCCAAAACAUGGAAAUACUGGCAAAUAAGCGCGAUAGGCUUAGCACAACGUUGAGGACUUUAAUUAGACCAACGUAUCAAGCAAAAAUGGCGGGCAGCGGGUUGAACACAACACCAAAUGUUAAUGCGGAGAGGCAAAAGUGGCUAUUGGACCAGCUGAGCCCAACAAUUAACUCCAGUUUGAUGACGGGAAUCCAGGAUGACAUUAAUAGGAAUAAUUUGAAUGGUAACCUAUCAAAUUUGGUGGCCAAACUGCUCAAUGUGUACCGGCAAAACAUCCUGACAUCAGACACUUCUCAGAUAUCC